UCAAAAGAAAACCAAAAAUGUAAGGGAGCAGUCAUUAAAAUAUUGGACAUCUUUGUUACCGUAUCCAGAAUGUAUAUCAUACAUUACUGCAAUCAGCUGUCAGUUCCGGAAACUAACUAUGCAUGUAACAGGCAGUAAGCUUAUUGGUGGUAUAUUAAUACAUUCUUUUUUUAAAGAAGUUAACAUACCAAGUGUUGAUAAAAAAGGAGCUAGUAUUGCUGAGUACUUGGCCACAGUCCUAUCAUAAGUAAGAAUGGUGAUCAGAAACUUUGAAAUAAUAAAUAUAAUCACCAGCAUUAAAAAAGAAGAUGAUCUUGCCUUUCUAUCCCCUCUCUCAACACAAAAUCCCUGCUUUCGUGAGGACUCUUUUGACUCUUCUAGCUCUUAUGAUUCUUCUAACUCUUCAUCAUCAUCUGCUUCUUGUUGGGAAUCCAAAGAAAAAAAGCUACGCAUAUUAAAAAAAGUUGAAGAUGCUGUUUCUGACUUCAUCAACAAAGAUGAUUAUGCCUCUUUCUGCUGGGAAGAUAUUGUUUUUUAAUUAAAAAUAAAAUAUAUAUCGAUUUAUGGGAUUUGUUUUUGUGUUUGUAAUUACCAAAAGCAAUCUUUAUCUUUUUCAAUGAGUGCUCCUGCUGAUUUUUGGGCUUCAUUAACAUGAUAAAUUUCGCCUAAGAUUGGGAGGUGCUGCCUUGUUCAAAGGAGCAAUUAUAAUAGCUGAUUUAACUUUCAAAAACCACCUCUGGAGGUCUUAUGUUGAUGUUAAAUCUAUGAAAAUACUGCUCUCAAGAUAAUUCAUAGCUGUCUUACCCCUCGACCCACGCUAUACAAUUUUCAACUUUAGCUGGAUUUGUUACUGGGAAAUGAUUGAGACUAGCUACUGUUUCAAGAACUAUACUGAAAUCAUGUCGUAAAACAUACUUCAACUAAUCGUAAACUUUUUUCUCCUUCAUUAAUUUUUUUUUUUUUUUUU